UAUCUAUACAUCUCUAUUUCUCUGAGAUCCCAUCAAAAAGAAAAUUAGAGUAGUAGCUAGCUAGCUAGGCUAAUGGGAAAUCCAGAAGGAGGGCCGUCUGCGAACGACGGCGAUCAUGAUCUCUACCAACCUCAAGUGGAGGUGGAGCAUGAGUUACAAGCUGAUCAACAAUUUCAACACCAACAAGUGUCUGAAACCACCAGCCACGACCAAAACCAACAAGAUCAAUACCAACAGCCACCACCACAGCCACCCAAUAAUGCACCUCAAAAUAAUUAUGACCCCCAAGCACAAGCACAAGCACAAGCACAAGGAGUCUUUCAGCAACUACCGCCAUCUCAGCCUCAGCCAGUAGGGUUCCCACCACCACAAGGUCCUCCACAACAAAAGCCCUACCAGACUCCAACGCCUCAGCCAGCACAGUUCCCACCUCAAGGCCCACAACAAUUCCCACCGCAAAACCCACAAUUCCAAAAUCAACAACAAGAAGCAAACUAUCAGCAGCCUAGGCCUGCACAGUUUCCACCCCAGCCCCAGAGUAAUAUGCAAACCAAUCCAAACCGUAAUCCCAUGUAUGCAAAUGUACCUAACCAACCCGGGGCGGUCUACCCGCCACAAGGACCACAACCAAUGGGCAUGGGGAACCAACAACCUCCAGCUCAGUUUCCUCCCCAAUUUCCAGCGAAUUAUAAUCAGCAAUAUCAGAAGCCGGCAGUGCAAUUUUCCACACAGAAUCAACAAUACCAACAACAGCAGCCUAAUAAUGGUUAUGCUGCUCAAGGGGUUCCAAUGCAGCAGAGUCCUUACCAGCAGGGACCUCUUAAUCACGUCAACCUGCAGAAUGCUGGAACUGAGCAAUGGAGUUCUGAGUUAUUUGAUUGCAUGGAUGAUCCAAUGAAUGCUCUCACAACGGCUUUCGUUCCAUGCUUGACGUUUGGCCAGAUAGCAGAGGUUGUAGAUAACGGCAGAUCCUCAUGUGCGACCAGCGGAUUGUUCUACGGAUUGAUUGCAGCGUUCAUUGGGAUACCAUUCAUAAUGUCAUGCACGUAUCGCACAAAGCUGCGCAGCAAAUACAACCUAAUCGAGUCCCCCGCACCCGAUUGGGUCAUCCAUUUAUUAUGCGAACCCUGCGCUCUUUGCCAAGAGUACCGGGAACUUCAAGUCAGAGGGAUUGACCCUUCAAUCGGAUGGAUAGGAAAUGUGCAAAGGAAUCCCAGCUUGCAGCAGCCGAAUGUUAAUAUGAUGAUGCCUCCAAUGAACCAAAAUAUGAAUCAGUAUUGAUUAAAAAAAUCCUAAUGUUUGUGAUGAACAAGAUCAACCGUUUGCAGAUUACUUGCAUUUACUUAUGCAUGCCUCAAGGCUAUUUUUCUCUCUCUGUGUUAUGUUUAUUUUCGUAUGUUGAUAUUUGUGGAUACUCUGAAUAUGUAUCGCUUCCUUUUGUAAUUUUGAACGAGUUGCCAUUUUCAUGUAUUGAAAAUUCAA